GUGAUUUAUCUCAUAAGAAAAUCACACUCAUCGACAGCCCGAAUUCAAAAUGACGAAGCCUCGCGCGGAAAUUUGCCCUCCUUUCCCUCCUUCAGUAUCUCGUAUCUUCAGAAUUCCCCAACAAGCUUCCGUUUUGCUCUCCUAAACCUCGAAUCCAUCGAAAUGGAGCGGCAGAGGUUGCCGGUCGUCUGUCCGGAGAACGAAGACCUUGCCGGGUUCAUGUGGCAGAAGCGGCUGGAAAUGGCGGCGACACCCAAAGGAAUUUCGGAGAGAGUCGAGAUGACUCUGUACAAAGCUUAUUUCAAUGUCUGCAACUCCAAGGCAUCCAUCAAAUCCAUGAAGGAUCUCUCCCAGAUUAAAGGUGUUGGAAAAUGGAUUCUUAAGCAAGUACAAGAUUUCUUUAAGAGUGGUUCUGAAGACUCUGAACCUGCAGACUUGGCGGGGAAAGGUAAGAAAAAAAAGGGAACCAAACGCUAUGUUCCACAGAAGAACUCAGUUGCUUACACUUUAUUGAUUACUCUUUAUAGGGGUACAACAAAUGGGAAUGAAUAUAUGCGUAAACAGGAGCUUAUUGAUGCAGCCGAAGCAAGUGGUCUUUCUAGGGUGCCAAUUGCGCCAGAAAAAGGUAAAGGGAAACCAGCGCAAUUUGGAAGCUCUCCAAGGGAUUGGUACAGUGGAUGGAGCUGCAUGAAGACAUUGAUAUCUAGGGGAUUAGUGGUGAAAUCUAGUUGCCCAGCUAAAUACAUGCCAACAGAAGAGGGGAAACAAGUUGCACGUGAAUGUCUUGAGAGAUCUGGAUUGUCAAAUUCUACUAUGAAUUUUGAUAAUGACAAGGGAUCCUCUAUUCUUAAAUCAUGUGAUAUAUCCGAUCAUAGUGUUGAUUGUCUUGAUUCAGAAGUAGAAGUGACUUCACCAUGUGCUGGUGUGAGUAGACAAAAUAAAUCAAUCAACGUUCCUCCUGAAUCACUUCAGAGGUUUAUGCGAAUGGGCUACUCCAAGAAUCAAGUUCUUGAUGCCUUUAAAGAAGUUUCAGAGGAUAACCCAAACAAGGAUAUCUCAUCACUUUGGCCAGCAGUAUUAUGUCGUCUUCGUGAAGAUCAUGUUUAUGGUCAAGUAGAAGCAGUUGGAAGAGAAAAUAGAUUCUUGGGCUCUUCUUCUUAUGAGGGGCAUAUGCGAAAGACUGCUGUUAUUGAUAAUGUAGAGAGAUCUUUUACCUUGAGAUCUUGUUCAUCAUCUGAUCAUGCUAUCACUGAAUCCUCUAGAGAUUGUGUCAAAGCAAAUAUGAACAUCUUGAGCAUGCCACCUUUGAGCUUUGGUGAGAAAUUUGAAGAUGCAUAUAAAGUAGUAUUGAUAUUGGAUGAUCGAGAACAGUUUGUGAACCAGAGUUCUCGGUCGAGGAGAAUGAUUGAGAAUAUCUGUAGCCAAUUUAAGAUCCAAAUUGAGAUUAGGAGGCUACCUGUUGGUGACGGAAUCUGGAUAGCUCGCCAUAAACAUCUUGAUAAUGAAUAUGUUCUUGAUUUUAUUGUUGAGAGGAAAAAUAUUGAUGAUUUGCGGUGCUCAAUUAGGGACAAUCGCUAUAAAGACCAAAAAUUGAAACUCUUGAGAUGCGGGCUUAAGAAGAUGAUAUAUCUGGUGGAAGGUGAUCCCAAUUCAUCUGAAGCGGCAGAAAGCAUCAAAACAGCUUGCUUUACGACAGAGAUUUUAGAGGGAUUUGAUGUGCAACGAACCAGUGGCUUGUCUGAUACACUAAAGAAGUACGGUUAUCUUACUCAUGCAAUUACACAUUACUACAUUUCACAGGCGUCGAGCGAGCGUCUUAGUCGUUCUGAUGUCUGUCCCCCUCUCAAUGAAUUUAUCAAAAAGUGCCAAGAAUUGGAUAAGAUGACGGUUAGUGAUGUAUUUGCCCUCCAGCUCAUGCAGGUCCCACAGGUUACGGAAGAGGUUGCUGUUGCUGUUGUGGAUUUGUACCCGACUCUUCUAUUGCUUGCCCGAGCAUACUCUCUUCUAGAUGGUAACGUUAGCGAACAAGAAGAGAUGCUAAGGAGACAGAGCAAGAAUUUGAUCAAUGCAGGUGCUAGCCGGAAUAUUUUUCAUUUAGUAUGGGGUAGUGGGAAGUAGUUAUAGUUAGCAUCUAUCUGCAACGGAUGCUUUUUGACCUUGAUGGCAAUGAGUUUCAUAGUUAACUGCUGUAAAUAUUCAUUUUAAAUGCCAUAUUCAUAUGCUAAAGUUGUUCUCAGCCCUAAGGGUUGACUGUGAUUGUCCACAGGCUGUAUAAAAAAUACGGUAACCCGAGGAACGCAACCCAGGGUUCGAUUUGCAUGUUAGAAGAAAUUUUAAAUAUCCCGCCAUUGCUUUUCGGGGAUUUUUUUUUUCUUUCUUUCUUUUCUGAGUACAAGUAGUGAUGGAAGAUUCGAACUCAUGAAAUCUUGGUUGGAGACAAGUGCUAAUUACCGCCAAGCUAA